CCCGUUUUGGCAUGUGGAGAUGGCGCCUCAAUUCACUUAUCCAGCAAAUUUUCACCCAAUAGUAACUGUAAGUUCCACUUCGACUUAAGAUUUAAGUCCAAAUGUGUCAUGGAAAAUUUCUCGUUCUGCUGCAGAUGAUGUUGGACCGUGCGAAUUCGCCGUAAAUUUAAAUCAGAAAAUCGACUUCAAUCUCAGCCGGAUUACUCUCAAGUACAGAUGUGACUCCUGCAACUCUGCUAUGUAGAGUGCUGCACAUACCAGGACCAAUCUUGGACUUGGCUAACCAUGGCCGACAAGGACAGCGGCAAGGAGAAGGAGUGUCCGGCCGAAUCUCCUGCCCCCUCCCCAAUUCCAGUCAUCACCGAGGAAGAGAAGGAGAUGGCAUCUGUCGCUAGCACUGACUUUGAGGCUGGCCAGUAUGCCCCCUGCCUGGAAAAGCUGCAUGCGUUGUCCAAACUGAGGGGCAGUGAUGUCAAAGUCGGCCACAACCUGAUGGUGGCCAAGUUCUACCAGUCGGGCUGCACUCGGAAUGACGACCUGCGCAAGGCACUGGGCCAGGUCUGCACUCAGGCCCAGGUGAACCUGAGUGGAGUUGACUCAUUGGAAGACACAGACCAUGCUAUUCUUUUCUUCAAUCACGCCAUCAUCCUGUACCACAUGAGACAGCACCAUGAAGCUAUCCAAAUUCUGGAAAAGCUCUUCCAAAUCAUUGAGCCCCUCGAAGAAAACCUCGCUCACAAGAUCCUCUUGUUGCUGAUUGAGACCUACCUGUGCACUUAUCAACCUGAGAAAGCCUUAGGCAUCUUAGCUUACUUGGAGAAGCUUCUCUUCUCUACGGAAUCCUCCGGCAACAAAGGAGGAUCGGAAUCAAGUAAUAAAGACAACAAGGACUCAAACACAGAGGAAUCGAACAUUGACCCUGAGAAAUACCGGCCAACUUUGCAUCUGUUAAAAACUAGAUGCUACCUGCAGAUGAAACAUGUGAAAGUCUGCAAACGUGAGAUUAAGACAGUCAUGAACUCAGCUGGACCGUGUGCGGUCUCCUUGUUCCUCAAGAGCAAUUUCGAAUACAUCCGUCAGAAUUACCGCAAGGCUAUCAAGCUGCUGAACAGUGCCACGCCCACAGCCGACUCCCUCAAGACGGGCCAGGUCAUUCCAGUCAUGUACUUCAACAACCUGGCCAUUAUUCACUUUUACAUGGGAAAGUAUCACUUAGCCGCCUACUACGGACGUCGUGCCUUGCAGGAGAAUGCUAAUGCCAUUGCUGAGUUGCCAAAGAGAAAAGGUCAGUCUCUGAACAAUCGUCACAUCAAGACGCUCGGGAUGAACCGUCGCUACGAGCUCCUGUACAAUGUGGGCAUACAGCUUCUGCAUGAAGGGCGCCCUCUAGCAGCCUUUGAGUGCCUGACAGAAGCCAUACAGGUGUACCCGACCAACCCGAGGUUGUGGCUGAGACUGGCCGAGUGUUGCAUCGCAGCCAACGCACUACCUCAGAACUCAGAGGCUGAAGGGAAGAGCUCGUUGGAUUCCACUAGACGAGGCAUCGUGCGUAACGUGAUAGGUUCUGGCCCUCAUCGCAAAGUGAUUUUAUCCCCUGGAUCCUCUGAGUAUAAAUACAGUGAUGGCCAAUCAGCAGCAUUUCCAGCACCAACGUUAGAAUUUGCCUCUCUGUGUCUCUCCAAUGCCCUGUCUCUUCUCCCUGAAGAGACUACACCCUCCACAUUAAGUAGGAUAACAUCGCGAGGAAGCGUGGGUAGCGACUCCUCAGAAGUCGCAGACACAAUCAGCAGCAAUAAGCAAACCAGCAUCAGCAAUCCCACCGCACCCCUGGGCCAGUCCGUCAAACCGACUGACAUCGUUUGCCUGCGUUGCUCCAUCUUGGCCAGCAGCAGCUAUGUGGCCCUGUCAUUGGGUGACAACGUCCAUGCGUUGGAGUACGCCAGGUUGCUGCUGGAGCAAACCAGGCUGCCGGGAUCGCUCAGGUUCCUGGGCCACCUGUAUGCUGCUGAAGCCUUAAUUAACAUGGACCAGAUAGUUGAGGCAAUCCAACACCUGGCCCCAGACUCUGUAUGUGAUGUGUCCGUUGUGCUUCCAGUUCUACCUGAACAAGGCGAUAAACAAGGGGAUAAAUCAGAGGCCGGUCCCGGGGACAUCCAGGAGAGCACGGAGGGUCACAUUGCCGUGUCCAAGCACUACCCAGCUUCCGUGCAGGUUGCCAGGGCAACCAUGUUGCUCAACCUAGCGUGUGCGCAUUCACUGCGGAGUGAAUGGGACAAGGCCAAGAAAUGCCUCAAGCAGAUGUGCAGCAUUUUACCUCCCAGUGAGAUCCCAGAGCAAGCCCUCUUCCUUGGCAUAUACAUUGAGCUGCAGACAGGCAGUCACCAGAUGGCACUGCACAUGGUUAAGAAGCAACAGCUCAUCCCAUACCUCAAGCCGUCUCAGUCCCGCCCGCUGCCCAUCGGCACCAUGGCAGCCUUCAACAAUGCCUCCCCAUCACCGCAGGGGGUCUUUAGUUCCGGAACCGCCAGCAAAGCUGGGCGGAGUAAGGAUCCAUGGCAGAAAUAGUCAGAGACGGUGAUGUAACUUUUGUGUAGUGUUGCCAGGCCUUUCAGUGACUUUACAGAGCUAUACCACAGUCAUCAUUUUGUAGGAUGGAUCCAUCCACAGUUUUUAUUAUUCUGCAUCCGAUUGCAUUAAGGAGCAUCAGUUUCAGGCAUUCAUGCACUUUGCGUAACAGCGUUUAGCUUGUUGUUAACAGCCUUUCUUGUUCUACCAUCAAGUAAGAAAAGCACAGAGGUGAUGUUGAGAAAUGAAAUUUUAAAUCCCCAGAUUGUGCUGCAUAGAUACUGGCAUUGACUUCAUUUGCAAAAAUUGAUAAUUGAUCUGUUGAAAUAACCCACAACAUAGCCCUGUGAUAAAAUACAUGUAGCUACCUGACACAGGCCUCUUCAAGAGGGGAAAAAAAUGCUUACUUUAGUCGGUUUGAGCAUUUUUGAAAGAUUUCCCGAGAUUUAGGCUUUACCUAUGUACAUGCAGGUCAUUGGAAAACAAUCUUGCUGAAGACAGAGGUUUGUUAAAAUUAUGGCCAGUCAUGGAUGUGAAAUUAUCUACAUCCUUAAUACGAACCCUGGUGAACCAGUAAAGAUCAAUUGGCACGUUUCUUGGAAAAGAAAGUAGGGUCAAAAAGGGAUUGUGGAUUUAAAGUUAUGACAAGGGACUCUCUUCCUCUAGAAUAGGUUAUUUUCCAUGCAUUCCCAACAAAAAUUACAUCUGGAAAUUUUUAUUGCUUGCGGGGGGGUUCCAAGUGGCCAAUAUCAGAAUUUACCAUCAAAACAAAUUUCCGCUUUAAACAGCCAUGGUAAUUAGAUUGACCUCUUGUCCUACAGAAUGUAUGAUUUUCACCGCCAAGUUUGCUGAAACUUUGUACAAAAUGUAGGAUAAAAGCUGGUUGCCACCAGCUAAUGUUUAUAUUACAUAUGUAUAAAUUCUGCAUUGUAAUAACUUGAGGAAUGCAAUUUUGAAUUAGAAGGGUGAGCAUAGGUAUCCUGUCAUUGUAUUGGUACUACAGUCAAAUUCCCAAAUUUGAAAUCUUCCCUCUGCUAGUUGUUUGCAUUUAGAACAAAGGAGUCAUCUUUCUGUGGAGGUGGUGGGUAUUAUUUGUGAACACUGUGCAUUCCAAGAACAAACAAGCAGUGUUUCUAGCAUGUUGCACACAUCUCUUAGAUUAUCUGGAUAAAGACAGUGAUAGUUCAAAGUUGUGCAAACAACCAAUUUAACCAUUUUCAGUUACUUCUAGAUUAAUCAAUUUUAGACAAAAAAACUAGAGCUUCUUCACAAUUAAAUCUGCUAGUUUAGAGCAAGGUUUGAUUACAAUGGACAGGCCUCAUCAAGGCAAUGUAAAGAUUUGAAAUUGUUGAAUUAACUGAAUAGAAACCUCUGCGGGUACGUUUGGAAUAAAAUAUUCAAUUAUCCUUCGA